AGUAAAAAAGGUGAAAUUUUUGAUCUUGGGCACGAAUUGAAUCGCUUUAAAGGUAAUCGCUUUGCGUUGUCAUGAAUUCUCUUAUACUCGGUGCAAGAAGGUUCGUGGGGUUGCAGAAAUGGCGUAACUUGAGUGUUUCAGUGCAAAAUGGAUCUGCUUUUUCCAAUUCCUUCUCCUCUGCUAGUGCUGCUGAUGUAAACCCUAAAGACGGUGUAAAAGGAGAGACCUUUAAAGCUUCGUCAUUCCGUGAUUCACUGCGUUUAGCUGCAAAACUCACAAGUAAAGUCAAUGCUGAUUCGGUUCUGGAUCUUCUUAGAAGUUAUGGGUUUACAGAUUCUCAGAUCUCCAGCAUCAUUAGGACUGAUCCACAAGUGCUUAUAUCUAAUGCUGCGACAUCCCUUGGUUCAAAGCUUGAGUUUUUGCAGUCCAGAGGAGCUCCAAGCUCUGAGCUCACUGAGAUUGUUUCUACAGUUCCUAAAAUCUUGGGGAAGAGAGUGGGCAAAUCUAUCAGCAGAUACUAUGAUAUCGUCAAAGUCAUUAUAGAAGCAGAUAAGAGUUCCAAGUAUGUAAAGUUAUCUCAUUCUUUGCCACAGGGUAACAAGAUCAGAAAUGUUUUGGUUUUGAGAGAUUUGGGUGUGCCUCAAAAGCGGUUAUUACCUUUGCUCAUCUCCAACUUUCAGCCCGUGUGUGGAACAGAAAAAUUUGAUGCAUCACUCAAGAAGGUUGUUGAGAUGGGUUUUGAUCCAACCACCUCAACGUUUGUGCACGCUUUGCACAUGCUUUACCAAAUGAGCGACAAAACGAUUGAAGAAAAAGUUGAAGUCUAUAGAAGUGUAGGUUUCACCGUGGACGAUGUAUGGGCAAUGUUCAAGAAGUGGCCACGCUCUCUGAGACACUCGGAGAAGAAGGUAGCCAACUCCGUAGAAACAUUUCUAGGUCUAGGAUACAGCAGAGAUGAGUUUUUGAUGAUGUUCAAGCGGUUUCCUCAGUGCAUUGGAUAUUCGACAGAGUUAGUGAAGAAGAAGACUGAGUUUCUUGUGAAGGAGAUGAAUUGGCCACUAAAGGCUGUGGCUUCAGUCCCUCAGAGUCUUCACUAUACUUCAUACCUUCUUGUUCAACCCAAUUCCAACUCUUCAGUCUCUGCUGCAUCUUCAAGCUCCAUCAAGCCUGAAACUAAUAAUCUUUCAAGUGAGAUCAUAAAUCUCACACCUUUAAGAGGCCUAGGAUUCACAGUGAUGAUCAAGCGCUAUCUUGAGUGCACUGUAUUUUCUGCAGAGACGGUCGAGAAGAAAACUAAUUUUUUGGUGAAGAAGUUGAAUUGGCCAGUAGAGGCUGGAGAAGAGGAUUGCCCCACGGUGUAACGUAAUCAAAGCUAAUAAUCUGAUAUCAAGAAUUUGGUAAUAUAGAUUUAUAUGCAUAUACUCUAAGCUUAGUAAUUUUGUUGUCCUUCUUGAUUCAUAAUGUAUUCAUUUACCGGUUUUCGAAGCAGAGGCAAACACUUUAUCUUUGUAUAGAGUAUUGAGGACAAAGGUUCAUAGUUAGAUCCAUAAAUUUGGGGAAUGUUG